CGCCUGCGCAGUCACCUCCCCCUCCCACCCUCGUGUUGGGAGACGGCGCGUGACGCAUGACGUGCGGCUGCUGUGCGCAUCCUUACGCUUGAGAAGUGUUAAGUUCUCGCCUUUGGAGUAGGUUGGGAACGGGGGAGGGAGGGGGAGGUGGGUUUGUUUUUUUAAGUGUGGGAAGUGAAGGGGGGAAAAAGAAGAGAAGCAGGGCAAGAAGGAAUGUCCUACGGUGGCCGCGGAGGGACGACUGCUACGGUUCCCCCACUGGGACAAACGCUUCCCACAGACGGCCUAGGACUCCCCUUCCCCGCCUGGGCCGUACCAGAUUGGGACCCAUGAGGGGCAUAUGCGGGCGGAGGCCCCCAACGGCCUCCCCCGGGCUCUGGGCCUGACCCUCACGGUGACCUUCCUCCCUCCGAGGGCCUGGCACCAUGCGGCCUCCUCCACCCUCGUUCCGCCGCUCCGGCCUCGAGGGACAGCAGGGGCCCCAGAAGCGCGGACCCCCAGCCCUGGCCUCCGCCCCGACGGCCCCCGGCCCCGGGCCCUGGAAUUGCCACCCCUCCGCGGAGGCCGCGCACGAAACUGCAUGGGAAUCUUCAGCCACUACCUUCUGCAUCUUGGAAGCUGGGAGGUUAUUUCUAAUCUAUGAACAUAAUAGUCAAUAAAUAAGCUUAAAUCGCUGACAGUUGCAUCUUUCUACUUGGCAUGUGCCUCCCUGGAAGUACAGCAGAGAGUUCACAGGCCUAGACCCUUCACUUCUGUUCCUUGCCCAUGGAUGAUGCUUAUUAUGCACACAGUCUGUCCUCCUCUAGAACUCAGUGAGCCGUGGGGUAACCAAUGCCUGUAAUUCCCAUACCCCGGCGUGUCCGGUCUUUCCACGGCCCCCAUACCACAUGCCUGCAUUCCGCCUGUGGGCCUGUAAGAACCACUCAUUUAGUGCGUACCAAGUACAACAACUUCGACAUCUAUUUGAAGUCCCGAUGGAUGUAUGGAUUUAUCCGCUUCCUGCUCUACUUCAGCUGCAGCCUGUUUACCUCCAUCCUCUGGGUGGCGCUCUCCAUCCUGUUUUGCCUUCAGUACCUUGGCAUCCGCAUCUUUCUGCGUUUCCAGUACAAGCUGUCCAUCAUUCUCCUACUGCUGGGACGAAGGCGGGUUGAUUUCAGCUUGAUGAAUGAGCUGCUCAUUUAUGGGAUCCAUGUGACUAUGCUGCUGGUGGGAGGUCUGGGCUGGUGUUUCAUGGUCUUUGUGGACAUGUAAAUAGGAGGUGUGCAUGCAGGAUUGGGCAGCUGUGACAACAUCUGAUGUAUCCACUUUCUCUUUUGGUUUUAUUUAUUUAUUUAUGACUGAUAUGUGUAUAUGCAGUAUAUAGAUAUUUUCUUUGGUAAAGACAAUGACCUGUCUCUGAAAUGAAAUGACACAGGGCAAAUGUUGGGUCGUUUUUCCUUCUAUUUGUCUCCCAUCCCAAAGAUGGGAUUUUCACCAUACCAAACCAAGCAAGUAGUGCCCUGAUCAGAGGCAAUUUUUUGUUUGCUCUCUGACCAUCUUACUGUGUUUAUGGCAUGGGAAAGGAAAGGGCUGUGAUAUUUGUAAAGGGGAAAUCAAGGCUGUCUCCUCCCUCGGUUUGCUUUUUGGCUCUCAACUUCCUCUCCCCCUGCUGCUACAUUGUAUUCUUCUCCUUUCUUCUAUUUUAAUGUAGUUUAUGUUCACAUUUAAUAAAUGUAGUAUAGUAGGGUCCUCUUUAUCAAGUCUGUACUUUCAAGAUCUUGGUGUGAUCUUCUCACCAGUCUCACAUUUAGGGGUAUUUCUUUUACCUACCAAAAGGAAUGGGACAUGCCUCAACAUUUUUGCUCUGUGUACUGUCCAGGGAGCAAACCUGGAAGCAGUUACUUUCCCUGUGGGCCAAAUGUCCACUCUCCCUUAGUGUUCUCACCCCCUACCCUGCCUUAGGAAAAAGUUGGACUCUACAUUAGUAAUGCAGUGCACUGCCAUUAAACCACUUGCAUGGCCCUGGGUUUCUAGAAUGUUUGCACAGGUCCAGUGCAAGUUCAUCUUUCUUAUUAAACAGAGAGCUACAAUUGAGAAAUGAAAUGACAAGGUUGAAUGCUAGUCCAAAAUCUAGAGGGAAAUGAAUAAUUUUGUUUGGUUACAACCAGAUUUGGUGUUUCACAGACCUAAGGCCCAUUCUGAAAGCAAACAGCGCCAAGAUCCUCAUUCAGAGAGUCUGGUUCUAAUGCCGCAGCUCAUAAGAGAGCUGUGUUCUCUGGAGCCCGGUAAGUUUCAGUGGUGCCAAAUUCAGAAGCAAAGCAAAUAUAGAGCUCUUUGUGCAUCAGUAGCCAGGUCUGUAGAGAAUGUAAUAUUACAUUAUAAUAUAUUUUAAUCUGUCUAAACUUACAUUUCUGGGAAAACUGAUAAAUGUUUUACUUGCUUUGGAAGGCAUUUGAAUUCAUUUCUUUUGCAGAAAUCUCCCAGAAUUUGACUUCUUUGUGAAACACUAUAGUUAUCUGAAAUCUUUGGACAGAUGAUGCUAAAGCCAGUUAUUAUGGAAAAUGUUUUUUAAAAUGGCUAGUUUUUAAAAGCAUUUCUUCUAAACUUUAAGGCAUUUGAAUGAACAUUGAAUCUUUGUUUAUUAAAGGCUUGUCUGUUCUGUAUUUCCUGCCUUGGUUUCUAUGAAAGCAUUUAAGACAUAAGAUGAAUUCAGGUAUAUAAAGAGAUGCAGGAACAGAUGGACUACAAAGAAACAAAGAUCCUAUUUUCAUUGGAAUACCUUUAAAGAAGAAGGAAGAGAAGUAAAAUAUGCAAGAGAAUAUAUCUUGAAGGUUUUCGGUCACCAUUCUCUAAUUGGUAUUUUUUAUUCCGGUUGUGAUAACUACUUAGGAAAGAAAUUUUACUAGUUAUUGAAAAACUAAUUAGGUAAGCUAAUGUUGGUCAUUAAUUCCUUGUCCACCUAAAAUCAUUUUCUGAUUUUUAUGUAUAUGUGAUGGUCAAAGUGUGCAUUCUUAUCUGACUCAAGUCUCAGCACAUAUAGCUAUUUCUAGGACCAGGGCAAAAAAAAAAAUUUUUUUUGACUGAGUGGGGCAGAGAAACCCUUUCCUAAGCCUAGUUUAUGAGGUUAGGCUGUAAGGGAAAAAAUGCAUGUUGUUUCACAAACUUAAGAAAGUUAGAAUCAGGGAAAAUGAUGGUUAUUUAAAAAAAAAAAAAAAACUUGUUCUUUGAUUAUUUUUUUUUAAGUUUGCUUCUCUGCAAAAAAAAAAAAUAUUUUUAAGGUGGUUAAAUUGGUGAAGCAAAGCUAGUUUUAAAAAUUGAUUAUGUGGUGGGCAGAAAUGAUAGCUUUAAAUGCAUUGACUUCAUUUUUACUGCCUGUUAAAAUCCUAUUGCACUAGUCUUGCAGAUUAUUUUUUUUCUUUUUUAAUUCAUUCAGCCUAAAUCCACUAAAACAUUUAUGUCUUUGAAGUGGAGCUCCCUAUCGGAUGCACUGAUUGAGGGGUCUAGUAUGGGUGUGCUUUUUAACAAAGUCCUGAUAGCAGGAGGUAUCUUGCUAUUUAGUCUAUGAAUGUAUAAACAGCAAUGCAAGUGUUUGAAUUGUACCUUGAAUUGACUUUGGAACACACAAAAAAACAAACAGCUCAAUGUCUUGAGUGCCUGUUAAAAUUCUUUAUGAGAAGUACCACCUGCAUUAAACUUAUUUUUUUAAUGUGUU